AGAGGCCAUGUCUCCUGCAUGUUUUCUCCUGGUGACCUGGGGUGGCAGCAGCAGACCCCGUUUCCUGGAGGGACAGGCUGUGUUGCCACCCCUACCUUGGGCUCCAUCAGCAGGAGCCUAGGUCAGGAGAGAUGCUGGCAGGAGUGACCUGACGCCUCUCAACCCUCCCCAGAGGCCCGCACCCAUGUGAGUGUCCUCCCCGGAGAGCCCUCAAGGCCCCCACUUGUCUCCCAAGCCCCACUGGCAGGUUCAACAGUGCUGCCAGGGGGAGGGGCCGGACCAGGGAAGCGCAAGCCCUGACCCAAGUCAGCAGUGGCCACAUCCAUGACCUCUAGGGACAUUCCAGAACCAGUCAUUUCCCAGCUCAUCACUCUGUAGCUGUCUCUGUUCCCCACAGGUGUCGGGGUAAAGCCCUGAGACCCCGAGGGGCCUGGCCUGGUCUCGGGGGCGCUGCUGGCAGGAGAGGUGAUGGGAGGAGUCGGAGUCUGAGUUUUCACAGUGAGCAGGAUCACUUUAAGAGAAAAGGGCAGGCUGCUGCCAAGAUGGAUGGCAGAGCAGCCUUCAGCUUGGGAAAGGGAGGCGCCUGCGGUCCCGACUGCUGGUCAGCAUUCUCUGACUGGCACCUGACCUGCCCGGGAAGGUGUCCCUCACGUAGCUGGAAGCUCCUCAAAUGCCAUCUAUUUGUGGCCUGGACCCUGACUCCUGGCAGGACACAUGUGACCACAGGGCUGGAGUAUUUUUGGCAAUGGGGGUGGGGCCUGUGUGGUGAAGCCAGCACCAUGCCGCUCUGGGACAGGCAGCUUGGACGCCCAGCUCCGCUACCCCAGCUGGCUGUGGGGUCCCAGGACUGCAGCAAUAUGUCAUUGUGACGUUAGCAUUUGCAGUCAGUUUGGGAACAGGGAAAGUGGGAGUCGCCGACGUUCUGACUCGAGGAAGCAAUCAGGUUUGAGAUCAGCCCAGCUUCCCUCUGGAUUCCUGGUUUGUUCUGCUUUCUUUCAGGAUGGAGAUGGAGUGCUGGCCCCCGAGCCAGGCAGUGGGGGGACACCCCAUGGGGUGAGCAGGGUGGUGGCAGCGUGUGCCGGCUGGGGCCCCGGGCCUGGGUCUGUGAAGACCCUAGUUCUGUGGCUUAUGUGCCUCUGCUGACCCGAAAUGGAGAACUUCCAGUACAGUGUCCAGCUGAGUGACCAGGACUGGGCUGAGUUUUCGGCCGCUGCCGAAGAGUGUGGCCUCCUGCAUGCCGGCCUGGCCUCUGGGGAUGAGCUCUUGUCCAGUGACACUGACCAACAGGAUAGCAGUGGCAGCAGUCCCCCUGGGCCCCCGCCCCUUGUUGAGGGGCAGCUGGCUCCCAGGGGCAGUGGCUGGCCCGGCUUGGUGGAGGAGGACAAGGCAGCCACCCGGCAGCUGGUCAGCAGGUCUUGGCAUGAGCCUGUCCUGGCCCUGGCGGCCGGUGAGCAGACACCCAGCACGUCCACACGGUCAGAAGCCUGGCUGCCCCUUGGCUCUGGUGCUGCCCCUCCCGUCCAGAGCUCCUCCCUCCCAGUGUCUUCCAGAGACGAGACGCAGAGGCUCAUGCAGGAGCCAGCCCCCCGGGGCACUGCCCCAACUUCCACUGUUGAGCCUCCUCGAAGCUCAGAGUCCCCUGGCCUCAGUACUGUCCCCCAGAGGCCCCAUGGCAGCCCUGGAGCCGCGCCACGGAGCCCCAGCCGGAAGAAGAGGCGCGCUGCAGGCGGCAAGGGCAGUGGGCCCUCGAGCUCCCCAGGCUCUACUCUCCCUCCGCUGGGUGGCCCACUGCUCACUGAGGCCAGGCCCGAGGAGGGCCUCAGCCCGGCUGGGACCAGGGGGAAGGGUCUCCCGGCUGGGAUGGUAGAGCAGACAGCAGGAGCCAGGCAGAUCAAGCUGAGGCCAGAGUCUGCAGGAGCCCCUGAGCAGGUGGGCAGGCAAGGUCCAGGUGUGGACCUGUCUACACCUGUCCUUGCCACUGAGCCAGGUGCAAACCUACUCAAAAUGACCCCCAGAGCUGAGCCAUACACUGUGUCACUGCGUGACCUCAAGGCUCCUCUAGACGUCUCAGNGGACUUGCCUCUGUCCACACCUGCCUCCCAGCCUCAACCGGACUUGCCUCUGUCCACACCUGCCUCCCAGCCUCAACCGGACUUGCCUCUGUCCACACCUGCCUCCCAGCCUCAACCGGACUUGCCUCUGUCUACACCCGCAUCCAAGCCUAGACUGGAUGUGGACCUGCUUAUGCCAGACCCAGAGGUCAGGCUGGAGGUGGACUCAUCUUCAUCUGUCUCAAAGACUAUACCAUGUACAGCUCUGCCUCACCUUGUUUCUGAGGCUGGGUCUGAUGUGGGGGUGUCCACACCUGCUCCCAUUCCCCAGGCUGGGCCUGACAUGGUGGAGGCGGAAGUUGCCCCAGUGGCCCAGCUGGUUUUGAACCCUGUUCAGUCUCCAUGGGAGCACCAAGAGAAGCUUGGAGAGGAGCCCUCAGCAGGUGCCCCUGGACACCACACAGGGGAGACCCACCUAGGCCCUGUCCAAGCCCCCAAGAAGAAGAAAGUGAGAUUCUCCAUGGCUGGGCCCAGCCCUGAGGAACCAGGGCCAGGAGAAGCCGCGAGCCCACCCUCUCCAGCCACAGCCCCCAGGACAGCAGCUGGGGGCCGCAGGGGGUCUGGAGCCUGGGAUGCUGUGGCAGUUGGGCCCCGGUCCCCCCAGCCUCGAAUCCUGAAGCACCUGCCUCCCCCUGCCCCCUCUGCCUCAGGGGGACCUGGGCCCAGGAGUUGCUUCGCGGUGACCCUCCCAGAGGCCUAUGAGUUCUUUCUCUGUGACACGAUCCACGAGGAGGAUGAAGAUGCCGAGGGGGCAGCAGAGGCUUGCCCGGCCCCGGCUGAUGUCCAGUGGCCAGAGGUGUGCGAGUUCUUCUUCCAGGACUGCAGAGCCCAGAGGUCAGGUCGGUGGGAGGGCCACUCCCUGGCCCCACCCCUACAAGCUGAGCCUGUGCCAGCCCCUCCACCUGGAGACCCCAUGCCCAUCUCCAUCCCUGAGGCCUAUGAACACUUCCUCGGGGAGGACAGGUCAGGGGGCGUGCUGGGGCCUGCUGCCCUUCUCCAGAUGCAGGCCAUGGAGGCCCCCAGGUCAGUCUCCUGGGGAGUGGUGACUGGCACCCCACCAGAGUUUAACCCAGCCACGGCAGAGCAGCUCAACCUGGCCAUCAGGCAAGCAGAGGAACCCCGGAGUCCCCUCACCUCAUUUACCUUCAGCCAGAAUGACAUGUGCCUGGUGUUUGUGGCCUUUGCUACCUGGGCUGUGAGAACAUCAGAUCUGCAGGCCCCAGAUGCCUGGAAAACAGUCCUGCUGGCCAACAUCGGCACCAUCUCUGCCAUCCGAUACUUCCGCCGGCAGGCGGGGCGAGAGCGCCCCAGCCCCAGCCCCAGCCCCAGCUCCUAGGACCCAGACUUGGCACAGAAGACACAGAACAAGGAAACGUGCACGGGUGCUAAGGAUGAGGUGCUGCCCUCAGGCCUUGUCCUUUGACCUUUGGGUUCUGUGGCAUCUAGGAAGGAGCCAGUGUCCUGGGUCCUGGCCCCCCUGGACGCCACCUGAGAGUCCGGCCAGUGGCCCAGGCCAAGGCUGUGCUCCAUACCUAGGAGUGGGGAGAUUUUGGAAGGCUGGGUGGGUAGGGGCCAAGCAAGGAGCUGGUUAGUAAGGUGGCCAGAUUAGCAGAUAAAAACACAGGGCAUCCAGUGAAACUGGAAUCCCAGACAUGCAGUAUUUGAGACGUGUUUAUGCUAAGAAGUUGUUUGUGGCUUAUCUGAAACCAAAGUUAACUGGUGUCCUGACCCUACAUUGCUCUCCUGUUGGUGGCGGGGCACGAUGGGGCGCUGGAGCUCAGAGGGCUUCAGAGCAGCGGCAAGGCCCCAGCUGGACGUCUGAGCAGGGGGUGAGGGCAGGGAGGCUACGUGGCCUCAAGGCUGGGGGUGGGCACUGUCCCAGGGACGCUCUACCUUGUGUACAAGUGGGCUGGGCUGGCAGAGGCCUCUGAGGCCUCUUUGACCUCUGAACCCCAGGGGUCUAUGGUCAAGGCCUCCUUGAGACGGUGAGCAGGUAUCUACCGAGGCCCAGCAGGGUGGGGGUCCAUAGGGCGAGUCUGGAGCCCCUCCUCUGGGUAGCCCUGGAUGAGGUGCUGAGGCAGAAGGCAAGGGUAUCAGGGGAGGGACUGGAACCUGGGAUUGUCCCAGGUCUGAGAGGAGCCAGAGGUGGGACAGGAAGGUGGGAGGGGCACUGGUGGUGGUAGAGUAGUGGGGACUGCCCGGCAGGGGCUCAGUGGGCGUCCAGCCCUGAGGCAGCGUGUACAGGUCCCCAGGAUGCAGGAGAUGCCUGGCUGCUGAGGACAGAACAUGUGGAUACACAGCCCCAAUAAAAUCUCCUCUUUCUUU